CCUGGGGCCGCAACACGUGGCGGACUUCGGUUGCGCUUCGAAAAUGUUUGCAAGAUUGCACGGCCUUGCGCGAGACCAUCAGAUCAGUAAUUGAACUCUGCGACCACGCUGCGGAGUCCUUCUGUUGGCUUCUACCACUUAGCUCUUCCUACUCGGUGUCCAAACGCCCCUUGGUCUAUUUUGAUCUCACCGUCUGCGAGAGGCUUGCGGCAUCUUUACUUCACUUGUGCAGCUACGCGUCAGCGUGUGCACUCUCGACUUGCAGGCCAGUGUUGGCUAACUCGCUCGACAUUAGUAAAUAUGGAGGAUGAUUUGUAUGACGAGUUCGGAAAUUACAUUGGUGAAGAUGUAUCAGAAGAGGAAGAGGAGGAAGCCCUGCCGACCCAAGCAGGCGACGCAUAUCUAGACGACGUUGACGAUGCGCACACAGAGGCACAUGAUGGCACGGUCAUGGAGGUUGAUGACGGGCCGUCUAACGCCGUUAUUUUACAUGAAGACAAGCAAUACUACCCCACAGCGCAGCAGGUCUACGGUCGCGAUGUCGAGACGAUGGUUCAAGAGGAGGAUACACAGGCUCUGUCACAGCCCAUUGUAGAGCCUAUAGUGGUCAAGAAGUUCGCUGUUGAAGAGUCAGAUUUGCCACCAGUCUAUUAUUCACGUGAGUUCAUGACCGAUCUCAUGAACUUUCCGGACAAGGUUCGCAAUAUCUCUCUCGCCGGUCACUUGCACCAUGGCAAGACCGCGUUGAUGGACAUGCUUGUACUCGAGACGCACAAUAUCCAAGACCGGUUGGACAAAAAGCAAGGCAAGUCAAGGGAGGACCAGCUGAGGUACACAGAUACUCACGUACUGGAGAGGGAAAGAGGUUUAUCAAUAAAAACCGCCCCCAUGAGCUUAGUUCUGGAAAACAACAAAGGUGUUUCUCAUCUGCUUCACAUCCUAGACACUCCUGGGCAUGUCAAUUUUGCAGAUGAGGUUGCUUCGUCGUUGCGACUGUCGGACGGCGUAGUUCUUGUGGUUGAUGUCGUUGAGGGCGUUCAGUCGAUGACUGAAAUGGUCAUCAAACACGCGGUUCUCGAUGACCUGCCCGUGGUUCUAGUUAUCAACAAAAUGGACCGGCUAAUCUUGGAGUUGAAAUUACCUCCCCAAGAUGCAUACCACAAGCUCAAAUAUGUUGUGGAAGAAGUCAACACAAUCAUAGAGAAUACAAUUCCGGGCCGAGGAGAAUCGCGGAGACUGAGCCCGGAGAAAGGCAAUGUCGCCUUCGCCUGCAGCAGCAUGGGUUGGUGCUUCACGCUACGCUCUUUUGCAAAGAUGUACACAGAGGCAUAUCCUAAGACAAAGGUGCAUCCAGAGGACUUUGCGCGACGAUUAUGGGGAGACAUUUAUUACAACCCAUCAAGCGGAAAAUUUUCGCGCAAAGGAGUCGAGGAGGGAUCGAGACGAUCCUUUGUCAACUUCGUUCUUGACCCUAUCUACAAGCUGUACUCCCACACCAUUUCGGAAGGUCCACACGACCUUGAUGAGACACUGCAGAGUCUGGGCAUAAAGUUGAAGCCAUCUGAACUGCGGUGUGAUGCGCGUGUCUUGCUUAAGAAAGUGUGUGAGCAGUUCUUUGGUCCCUCUCGAGGGUUUGUAGACAUGGUUGCGGAACACAUCCCUUCUCCAGAACAAGGCGCAAAAAGAUUUAUCGAAAAGUACUACACGGGUUCUAUGGAUACGAAGACGGCUAAGUCGAUGCAACAAUGCCACCAGGACGGACCACUAGUCGUGCAUAUCACCAAGCUGUUUAAUACAGUUGACGCGAAACGCUUCAAUGCAUUUGGAAGGGUGCUAAGUGGCGUUGCAAGGCCUGGUGAUCAAGUUCGCGUGUUGGGAGAGGGAUACACUGUUGAGGAUGAAGAGGAUAUGGUCAAUGCUACAAUAUCAGACACGUGGAUCGCUGAAUCAAGGUACAAUGUACCAGUCUCUGGAGUUCCAGCUGGAAACUGGGUCUUACUCGGCGGCGUAGACAAUUCUAUUGUAAAAACCGCUACUAUUCUGCCGGAGACUCUACCGGAUGGUGACGAAGCUUACAUCUUCAAACCAAUACGCCACUGGUUUGAGUCAGUGUUCAAAGUUGCAGUUGAGCCAAUCAAUCCCUCAGAGCUGCCGAAGAUGCUAGAUGGAUUAAGACGAAUCAACAAAAGCUAUCCGCUUAUCACGACCAAAGUAGAGGAGUCUGGCGAGCAUAUCAUUCUUGGCACAGGAGAGUUGUACAUGGAUUGUGUACUGCACGACUUGCGAAGAAUGUAUGCAGAGAUGGAGAUCAAAGUAUCAGAUCCUGUGACGCGAUUCUGCGAGACGAUUGUGGAGACCUCGGCUAUGAAGUGCUAUGCGCUCACCCCAAACAAAAAGAACAAAAUCACUAUGGUCGCGGAACCUUUAGAUCCUGGCAUUGCUGAGGACAUAGAAUCUGGCGCAGUAAACAUCAAAGAUCCUGUGCGAGUUGUUGGAAAAUUCUUCGAAGAGAAGUAUGAGUACGACCUUCUUGCGAGUAGAAACAUUUGGGCAUUUGGCCCUGAUGACAUGGGUCCUAACAUUCUGCAAAACGACACACUUCCUUCAGAAGUUGAUGCUAAGUUGCUCCGCUCUGUGCGGGACACGAUUAAACAGGGGUUCAGCUGGGCGACUCGAGAAGGACCGCUGUGUGAGGAACCUAUUCGAAACUCAAAGUUUAGACUCACAGACAUAUCUCUUGCUCCGGAAGCCAUUUUCAGAGGUGGAGGCCAGAUCAUCCCUACUGCGCGACGAGCCUGCUACUCAUCUUUCCUCAUGGCAUCACCACGGCUUAUGGAACCUGUGUACGAGUGCACAGUCAUCGGUCCAAUAGAUGCUGUAUCUUCUCUCUACACCGUGCUUCAGCGACGGCGUGGACAUGUAUUGCAGGAUGCACCUAUUGCAGGUACCCCGUUGUAUCGUGCCAAAGGUCUUAUUCCUGUGAUUGACUCGUUCGGCUUCGAAACCGACCUCAGGAUACACACACAAGGUCAAGCUACUGUGUCUCUGGUAUUUGACCGAUGGAGCAUAGUGCCUGGAGACCCACUUGAUCGUGACAUUAAACUCAGACCAUUGGAGGCGGCGAGUGCAAUGGCAACAGCUCGAGAUUUUGUUCUCAAAACGAGACGCAGAAAAGGCUUGUCAGAAGAUGUAACGAUAGGUAAAUUCUUAGAACCGGAACUUUUCGCACAAUUGAAAGAGAGUGGCGUAUUGGAGAUAUAAAUUAUCAUGACCAAAGGGAUUGUUUUUAGGGUUUGCAAAGUAAUGAAGGCAUGGAAAAAUCUAUGUUUUAAAGAUAAUGGCUAUGUGCCACAUAUCAUGCUAAAGCAAAAAUUAGGAGCAUUAAUAUAGCCACUUUGAUCUAGUAAAGCUCUUCUAUAUUAAGUGUCUGACUAAGCUUUUACAGUGCUACUACUUAUGAAGGUCAAUUUUCAUCAUACCUUUUCGUUCUGAC